AUGAGCCCGCCCACAACGAUCCACAUCACCUUAGACACAACUCCCACUCCCAGUUCUCCCUCGAACGCUCACAAUUGCCCCCCUCUCUUCACCGCGGGACCCCUCGACCUAAACAAAUGCGACGCAUACUGCCUCCUCUUCGUCCUCCUGGUUCCCUUCAUCCUCCUCUGGUUAAGCCACCAAUCCAACCUCCUCAACGAAAAAAGCCACCAAACCACUGAGGACGAAACCGCCCUACGGCCCGUCUGGGCUUCAGCGACUACGCACGCGCAGCUGCUCGGGUUGGUGGAGCAAUACGUAUACCGGCGGAUAUCAUGGGGUCCGUGGGACGCCGGCAGUCUUCGCGAUCGAUGGCCCGAGAAACGGUUCCUGAAGAGGCUGAUGAGGGGCGGAGUAAUCCCCAUCGAGAUUUCAGAAGGGGGCCUGCAGACCUAUCUAAAAAGAGGGAGAAGCGACACGUGGUGGGACGUUUUGUUACCCACAUAUGCUCAGAGUAAAGGAAGGGGGUUCUUUGUGUUUGUCAUGCCGUAUCCCGUUGCGCCGUUCCAUGCGUUUAAGAAGGCGUUUUUGACGAACCUGUUGGCGCAGGACGAGUAUGCCGUGACGGUGUCGUACCACAGGAGUGGUGGCUGGUAUUCGCAUUCGAGGUACUCGCCCAUGAAGGCGAGCGAUGAGUACCUCGAGGCGGGAGCCUUAUCGCGAUUCGGUUUGUUGUUGCCGUUUAUGCAGGAUCGGGUGCUCAAAGAGGGAAGAUUGGUGCGAAAAGACAGAGUAAUUGGGAGGCAUGGAGGGAUCGACAGGGCGGUGACUUUGGAAGAUUUCAUGUCGGAAGAACCUGGAGAGGCCGUCCCAUUGCUAGUGAGCAGACCGUUUGUGGUGGUGCGUGUGGAGGCUCUAGAUCACACGCCGGUGAGGCUUGACGAGUUUGUGUACCAAGAAGCGCGGGAUGCUGGAUUUAUCGAUGUGUUCAUGGAAGACGAGCUAAGCAGGGCGGUUGGCGGUCUCUAUGACGAGCACGGUAUACGGUGGAAGACGGGCGUAUAG